UUACUGUUGUGUGACCUGAGAUAUCGUGUCACGGACGUGUAUCCGUGGAGCGAUAAGCUUUAGCUAACUUGCUGAAAACGGAGGCCUGAUUAAUGCCUCCCGCUAGUUUCAGCGCCCGUGGCAUGAGCGGACGUAGAUCGAUAGUGAUGUAGCUAGUUGUUAGCUACGUUGGCUAAUUAUAUGUAUUUUUUAUUUUAGCUUAGAUGUUUCCACGCUUAUUGGUUAGCCAAGUUACACGGUUACCUGCUAAUUUACAUUCAAACUCGAUAUUACAUUUUUGCUUGUUAGUUAGCUGAAAUUAACUGCAAAUUUGCGGUGUUACGGUCCGGAGAAUAAUCAUUAGCUAGCUGAGAGUGGGAGGGGUUGGCUUGUGUUCGCCUGGUAGCUAGCUAAUUGGCUAACUGUAUAUGGUUACUGAAACACACAAGAGACUUGGUAGCCAACACACUGACAGCGCAAGCUGCAUUUGUGGAUUUUGCCGAUAAUUGUUUAACUUACACGUCGACCCACCGCCAUAUAGUUAUACAGUUCAGUCUAUAACUGAGUACUGCCUGGCCUUCUCAGGACCUAGCGUUUGCUAAGUUACGUUAAUUCUUUAAGGUCGGGCUCGUUGGCUAUUCCACGCCUACCUAAGAUCUCUAUGCCAGCAAUUAUGACAAUGUUAGCGGACCAUGCAGCUCGCCAGCUGCUGGACUUCAGCCAGAAACUGGAUAUUAACCUGCUGGAUAAUGUGGUGAAUUGUUUGUACCAUGGUGAAGGACCACAGCAAAGAAUGGCACAGGAAGUGUUGACCCAUUUGAAAGAGCACCCGGACGCCUGGACGAGAGUCGACACCAUUUUGGAGUUUUCGCAAAACAUGAACACCAAAUACUAUGCUCUGCAGAUAUUGGAAACGGUUAUUAAAACAAGAUGGAAGAUUCUUCCCAGAAAUCAAUGCGAAGGAAUAAAAAAGUAUGUUGUCGGUCUUAUAAUCAAGACUUCAUCUGAUGCAACAAACGUGGAGAAAGAGAAGGUGUAUAUUGGAAAACUGAACAUGAUCCUGGUCCAGAUCCUGAAGCAGGAGUGGCCGAAGCACUGGCCCACCUUCAUCAGCGACAUCGUGGGGGCCAGCCGCACCAGCGAGAGCCUGUGCCAGAACAACAUGAUCAUCCUCAAGCUGCUGAGCGAGGAGGUCUUCGACUUCUCCAGCGGGCAGAUGACCCAGGUCAAAGCCAAGCACCUGAAGGACAGCAUGUGCAAUGAGUUCUCGCAGAUAUUUCAGCUCUGCCAGUUUGUCAUGGAAAACUCCCAGAAUGCCCCCCUGGUUCACGCUACCCUGGAGACGUUGCUGCGGUUUCUGAACUGGAUUCCUCUAGGCUACAUAUUUGAAACCAAACUCAUCAGCACACUUGUAUAUAAGUUCCUAAACGUCCCCAUGUUCCGCAACGUGACCCUGAAGUGCCUGACGGAGAUCGCGGGGGUGAGCGUGAGCCAGUACGAGGAGCAGUUCGUCACGCUCUUCACCCUCACCAUGAUGCAGCUGAAACAGAUGCUUCCGCUGAACACCAACAUCCGGCUGGCCUACUCCAACGGGAAGGACGACGAGCAGAACUUCAUCCAGAACCUGAGCCUGUUCCUCUGCACCUUCCUCAAGGAGCACGGCCAGCUGAUCGAGAAGCGGCUCAACCUGCGGGAGACGCUCAUGGAGGCCCUGCACUACAUGCUGCUGGUGUCGGAGGUGGAGGAGACGGAGAUCUUUAAGAUCUGCCUGGAGUACUGGAACCACCUUGCGGCCGAGCUGUACAGGGAGAGCCCCUUCUCCACCUCCACGUCCCCGCUGCUCUCAGGCAGCCAGCACUUCGACGUCCCGCCCCGAAGGCAGCUCUACCUGCCCGUGCUGUCCAAGGUUCGGCUGCUGAUGGUGAGCCGGAUGGCCAAACCAGAGGAGGUCCUUGUGGUGGAGAAUGACCAGGGAGAGGUGGUCAGGGAAUUCAUGAAGGACACGGACUCCAUCAACCUGUACAAGAACAUGCGCGAGACGCUCGUGUACCUGACGCAUUUGGACUACGCGGACACGGAGCGGAUCAUGACCGAGAAGCUGCACAACCAGGUGAACGGGACCGAGUGGUCGUGGAAGAACCUGAACACGCUGUGCUGGGCCAUCGGCUCCAUCAGCGGGGCCAUGCACGAGGAGGACGAGAAGCGCUUCCUGGUCACCGUCAUCAAGGACCUGCUGGGGCUGUGCGAGCAGAAGAGGGGGAAGGACAACAAGGCCAUCAUCGCCUCCAACAUCAUGUACAUUGUGGGCCAGUACCCCCGCUUCCUCCGCGCCCACUGGAAGUUCCUCAAGACCGUGGUCAACAAGCUGUUCGAGUUCAUGCACGAGACGCAUGAUGGCGUGCAGGACAUGGCCUGUGACACCUUCAUCAAGAUCGCGCAGAAGUGCCGCCGGCAUUUCGUCCAGGUGCAGGUGGGGGAGGUCAUGCCCUUCAUCGACGAGAUCCUCAACAACAUCAACACCAUCAUCUGCGACCUGCAGCCGCAGCAGGUGCACACGUUCUAUGAAGCUGUGGGCUACAUGAUAGGGGCCCAGACAGACCAGGCCGUCCAGGAGCACCUGAUAGAGAAGUACAUGCUGCUGCCCAACCAGGUGUGGGACAGCAUCAUUCAGCAGGCCACAAAGAACGUGGACAUCCUGAAGGACCCGGAGACGGUGAAGCAGCUGGGCAGCAUCCUGAAGACCAACGUGCGGGCGUGCAAGGCGGUGGGCCACCCCUUUGUCAUCCAGCUGGGCCGCAUCUACCUGGACAUGCUCAACGUGUACAAGUGCCUGAGCGAGAACAUCUCCGCCGCCAUCCAGACCAACGGAGAGAUGGUCACCAAGCAGCCUUUGAUCAGAAGUAUGCGGACGGUCAAGAGGGAGACGCUGAAGCUCAUUUCGGGCUGGGUCAGCCGGUCAAACGAUCCUCAGAUGGUGGGGGAGAACUUCGUGCCCCCGCUGCUGGACGCCGUGCUGAUCGAUUACCAGCGGAACGUCCCCGCGGCCCGAGAGCCCGAGGUCCUCAGCACCAUGGCGACCAUCGUCAACAAGCUGGGCGGGCACAUCACCGGCGAGAUCCCCCAGAUAUUCGACGCCGUCUUCGAAUGCACCUUAAACAUGAUCAACAAAGACUUUGAGGAGUACCCGGAGCACAGAACACAUUUCUUCUACCUGCUGCAAGCGGUCAAUUCCCACUGCUUCCCCGCGUUCCUGGCCAUUCCCCCGGCGCAGUUCAAACUGGUGCUGGACUCCAUCAUCUGGGCCUUCAAACACACCAUGAGGAACGUGGCCGACACCGGGCUCCAGAUUCUCUACACGCUGCUCCAGAACGUGGCCCAGGAGGACGCGGCCGCCCAGAGCUUCUACCAGACGUACUUCUGCGACAUCCUGCAGCACAUCUUCUCCGUCGUCACGGACACGUCUCACACAGCCGGUUUGACGAUGCACGCGUCCAUCCUCGCGUACAUGUUCAACCUGGUGGAGGAGGGUAAGAUCAGCACUGCCCUCAACCCCUCCAGUCCAGUCAACAACCAGGGCUUCAUCCAGGAGUACGUGGCCAACCUCCUCAAAACGGCCUUCCCGCAUUUACAGGAUGCCCAGGUGAAAGUAUUUGUAACGGGGCUGUUCAGCUUGAAUCAAGAUAUUCCUGCCUUCAAAGAGCACUUGAGGGACUUCCUGGUACAGAUAAAGGAGUUUGCUGGGGAGGACACCACAGACCUGUUCCUGGAGGAGAGGGAGGCGUCUCUGCGACAGGCGCAGGAGGAGAAACACAAGCUGCAGAUGUCCGUCCCCGGGAUCCUGAACCCGCACGAGAUCCCCGAGGAGAUGUGCGACUAAAAAAAACAACAAAAAAAACAACUUGUAUAGUCACCUAAAAAAGUUAAAUUAAAAAAACAAACAAACAAAAAAAAAAACCAAGUUGCCACGGCAGCCCUUCCGCGGGACGGCGCGUAAGCCCCGCCCCCAGGAGGGUCAGGCGCUUGGGCGUUCGUCGACCAAAACAAUGCCAACGUGUAAAUGGUGCCGUCACCCGCUGGCCCUUUUUACAUAGUAUGGGUUUUAUAUGGACACCUUUAUGUAUUACCUUUCCAUUGCUAAUCCAAGCUUACGUUCGGUCAUCUUUCAUUUAGAGCUGCAUGAGGUCGUAUGACGUAAGACAUUUUAACUCUCCUCCCCCCACCCGUUAAUAUGUUUAUAUAUAUAUAUAUAUAUAUAUAUAUAUAUAUAAAACAAUGUACAAAGGCAGGAGAGCUGUUUUUUUUUUUUGCUAAAAGUUAUACGUGUCAAAAACCAGCAGCGGAAAAGGCCUGUGGAACUGUGGCUUUGCAGCCGGUGAAGUGGAUUUGGGGGGUCCCCUCGGGGACACUUCGGGGAGCCCCGUGGAGAUUUGGGGGGGGCCUCGGGGAGACUUCGGGGAGCCUCAGCUCGGGGAGAUUUGGGGGGGCCCGGCCGGCCCCCCCGCCGCACAGCAGGAGAAUGUGCGCUCGCCGCGUCUCCAGCGCAGGGGGCGGUGUUUUAAGCGGUGCCAGGGGCGCGUGGCUCCGCUGAAGCCUGCUGCCUCCUGCUGAUCGGCGGGAGAGUGCUGUUUGGCAGCCAGAUGGAUUAUGUGCAUAUCAUCCCAAAUAGAAAGCGUCGGUUAAAACCGCGGGAACAUAAAGUUGGUUUAUUUUGACUUUUUUUGUGAGCGUGUGUGUGUGUGUGUGUGCUGUCGCCUAGACGACAUCAGGUUUUUGUUUUCCUCAAUGAGGACUGUUGCUCAUUUCUGAGCCUUCAUUUAAAUCGAAGUUUAAAAAAGUGGUUAAAAUAUUUAUGGGUUAAUGUAGUCUGCAUCUUUAUAACAACUCAUGUUAAUUCGAAUGGCUUUUGAGAUUGAAUUGUACUAAUUUACAUUGUUUACCAUGCUGUAGUGCUUCAAGAACACUACUUAGAGCAAAAUAAAACUUGGUUUACAUUUAAUUUUGUAUUUUUGCAUUUUCAUUUUUAUCUUGAAAUUCUAUCCAAAUAAACCAGAGGCUUUUACCCAGAGAAUACGCAAUUGCCAACAGACUAAUUAGAGGAAUGUAUAAACCCAAAUAUUGAUCUUUAAUGGCAAAUUAUCCCUUCUCUAAGUGUUACAUUUGUUGUGAAACUUUUUGAAACUGAUUAAAGUUGAGAAUUUUAUAA